AUGGCGAGCCUCUCGAUCCACUCGAAGAAGCACAAGGUGGCCGUGGUGGGAUCGGGGAACUGGGGAACAACCAUUGCAAAAGUUGUGGCCGAGAAUGUGCAAGCGCACAGCGACCUAUUCGAGCAAGAGAUACAAAUGUGGGUGUACGAGGAGGACUACCAGAUACCCAAGGACAGCAAGCACUACGAUGCUGGCUCUGCGCUCUCCACGAAACCACAGAAGCUCACCCAGCUCAUCAAUGGCCUGCACGAGAACGUCAAGUAUCUGCCAGGCAUUGCUCUGCCCAAGAACAUUGUCGCCAACCCUGAUGUCGCCGACACAGUCAAGGGCUCCACAAUCCUCAUCUUCAACCUCCCGCAUCAAUUCAUCGGCCGGGUGUGCGACGGCCUUCGCGGGAAGGUGAUUCCCUACGCCCGCGGCAUCAGCUGUAUUAAAGGUGUCUCGGUCUCGGAUCAAGGCUGCGAGCUCUUCUCCGAGAGCAUCGGCAAGAAGCUGAACAUCUACUGCGGAGCGUUGAGCGGGGCCAACAUCGCCAACGAAGUCGCUCUUGAGAAAUGGUGCGAGACGACCAUUGCGUAUGACCCGCCUGCUAUGGACUCUAAGCAGCCAACGCCAGCUGGCUCUCCUUCAGCAUCCUCCGCCGAUCUCCCAUCGCUCCAGAAGUCUGAAUCGAAAUCCAUGAAACUCGCCGCGCUGCCUGCUGAGUACCCACCUCUCAACCACGCCAACGUCCGCACCCUCUUCCACCGUCCUUACUUCCACGUCCGGAUGGUCAAGGACGUAGCUGGUGUGUCUCUUGGCGGCGCCCUCAAAAACAUCGUCGCUCUCGCCGCUGGCUUCGUUGACGGUCUCGGCUGGGGCGACAACGCCAAGUCCGCUGUCAUCCGCAUCGGGAUCCUGGAAGAAGUCAAGUUCGGCAUGCAGUUCUUCUCGCACACUUGCCGCAGUGAGACGUUCACAGAAGAGAGCUGCGGUGUCGCGGACAUUAUCACGAGUUGUAGCGGAGGCAGGAACUUCCGCUGUGCGAAGAUGGCGGUCAAGGAGGGCAAGCCGAUUGGGGAGAUCGAGGAGAGGGAGCUGAACGGACAAAAACUGCAGGGGACGAGUACGGCGUAUGAGGUGCAUAGCUUUUUGAAGGCGAUGGCGAUGGAGAAGGAGUUCCCGCUGUUCGAGGCGGUGUACAACAUACUGGAAGGAAACAACAAGCCGGAGGACAUCCCGAAGCUGGUGGAGGCGCACUCGACGGACGAUGUAUGA